GAUGACCGUGAGCUUGGCGAGGUCCGUGCUCGAUGGCGUCCUGAGCAGCGCCAGUUCUGCCAUCGCCGAUGAGGUCGCGUGCCUGCUCAAGGUGACCUCCGCCCACCCUGAGGCCGCUGGGGAAACUAGGGAAGAUCCCAACAAUACUCCCGCUUCAGCUCAUCACAAGAGAGGAUGCAAUUGCAAGAAGUCUAGCUAUCUCAAGAAAUACUGUGAAUGUUGUCGGAUUUGAACUGGCAUUGAAGAUCACAAGUGCUACUGGUUGACAUCUCUUAGCCCUGAACGAAAAGGGCCAAUGGUGACUUGAUGAGCCCCUGAACGAAACAAAGACAAGCUGAUAGUAAUCGGAUAGAAG